AUGCAUAACAGUCCACAAAACCACAAUGGUGAAGAACCACUGGAAGAACAGGCGCACCGGGUCAUAUGCAGCCUCCCAAUAUCGCCAUUGGUUUUUGGGGGAACGUACAAUGUUAACGAUGACUACAGUACCGACAGCCCCACGUCCAUGGUUUCGGAGUUGAGCUUUUCGUCCGACACGUCCGAAGGUACUGUGUAUGAAGAGGUGCACACGAAUGCGGUUCCGAUCGUCGAGUUUCCGUCGGAGGAGGAUGCGCCUCGGAAACGGCUCUCGUCCCAGGAUCAAGUAAUCACACCACAAAUGAUUGGCGCGGCGUUGAAAAAAUCCGGUACGGUGCUAAUGCAACGAUCGCGUGACAACCGGUUGGAACGGCAGCUUGAAGAAAUGCGGGAUUUAAUGCGCAACGAAGACGAGCUGGUAGUCCUGAAGGAGCCGAGCGUAAGGCAGAUGGCUUCACAGCCUGCUUUUCCCAGGGAUGCGAUGGAGGAAUUUCUCGAGCACUCGGAGACAAUGUUCAAUUUGGUGCAUGAUGCCAAUACCCAAAUGGCCGGAAGAGCGGACAUCAGCGAGAGAAUAAGCCGACAUAGUUCCGAAGAAGUGUUUCAAACAGAAGCCUUGCCAGUUGACAACCGUAUUUCCAAGGAGUUUGUUGGAUGCUUCAGCCGUAACGAUGAUACGGUUUUAUAUAAACGGACGAUAUCCAUUGCGCAGGCAGCACAACCCGCGCAUGAUCCGGCGAGGCAAUCGUUGGAAAACAUCGACACGGUCAUCGCACAACACGCUCAGUGUCUCCACGAGGCGGAAACCGUAACGGAACCAUCGGUUCAAAUUUAUCAACGAAAUAAUGACGAUCUGCUUGCAUUGCUAACGUUUUCGAAAGAAUCGUCGGCUGUUUUAAAAACAUCCAACGCCAUGCUAAAAGAAGCACCGACCGCCGAGCUGGAUAAAACGAUUCGGCAGACUUAUCGUAAGACUGUUGCCAAUCCGGAUGAAAUGAUAUCGAUGCAAACGGAAGUAGCUUCCUCUUCCGAUUAUCAGGCGAUGAAGGAAACAUCUCCACAGCGGCUUGGAGGGGACUUGCAACAAACUUUUCCAACGCUUCCGUCUAGGUCUAGCUUCGGCUUGACGAACGAAUCCAACAAUCUUUCCGGUGGUCUGGAGAAACAGCAAGCCGAAGUGUAUACCACCGUAUCCGGAAGCAUUAGCGAUCAGCAUGGAAACCUGGCUGUCCGGUUUGAGGCUCAAGUUUACGACCUAGGCUCGCUGGAAAACGAUGAACCGAUAGAGGAGUGUGUAAUACGUGUCGAAAGAUUGUCCGACGAAUUUGACCAUCUCUCUGAAAUGCUCACCUUUCAAGUGGUUUGCGAUGAAGCGGAAAACGCCUCUGAGGCGUUCGUUGUUGCUACUGUUAUCGAAGAACUCAUAACAGAUGAACGCAUUCGGCCAAGUGAGCAUGGAACUAUUGUACUGUCGGAAAACAUCCUCGGGAGACUAAGCAGAUAUUUGAAGGAAUUGUUGGAACCUGCAGCAAUAAUGUUGCACAACAUAUACAAAAAGUUGGAAGGCAUCGAGUUCUUGAGGAGUGAUUUAACAAAAGCCGUCAGCGAGACCCAUUUUUCUUCGUCCAGUCAGAAGGGCGGCGUCGUUGAGUCACGUACAGAUGGAGGGUCGAAACUUUUGCAAAACGACUCCCAAAGCAGAAGCUUUACAAACUUUUGCGCACUUGAAAAUUUGCAAGAAAUACGAAGUAUUUUCGGUGAGGCCAAUGAUCAUCUCACGAUAAUCCAAUCUGAUCUUAGUGCCAUCAAAACGAAGAUUAACCUACUAAUAGAGGAACAACACGAGAAAACAAAACCGCCAGCACCUUCAGCCGAUAUCCAGCACGCUCUUAAGCGCCCGUCGAAUCUAGAAAUACAACAGCUAGGGAAAAGAAAUGAUAAGGUAGUGCCUCAUGAUAAGGUAGUACCUCAAAAAGUAUGCUUGGCGCUACUAGCAAAUCACUUCCAGAGCAACGGACUGUUUUGCCCGGUAGAAAUUUACUCUUGCCACGCGGUUUCCCCGGAAGUGAUGGUCGUCCAUUGGACCGUUGACCAAGAUCUGCUCAGUUGUAUCGUUGGAUUUGAGAUUUUCGUUGAUGGUGUGCUGAGCUCGGUUUGCUUUUCCAACAGACGGCGAACGGCGCUGGUCGGAAAUAUCGAUCUUCAGAAACAGCAUCACAUAACGCUGCACGCCACUCCGGAUCCCCUGACGAGAGAGGCAAAGGUAGAAUGGGCACCAGCUUUUUUCCUGUACCAUCUUUUGGACGAACCAGUGCAUUAA